AAUUUCUUAUCCUCUCAUUCAUAUAGCAUGUGCCUACUUAAAAAAAAAAAAAAAAAAGCCCUUGUGCAUGAUUUGGUCAACGAUAUAUAAGUGCAUCAGGAGAUAGCUGUUAAAGCAGGAUACAAGAAUUCCACAAAGAAUGAGGUUUGUUACGUGUUGAUUUGUGGAUGUGCAGAUUUGGUUUGAAGUGAAAAAGGAGAAGCCCUGUUGAAUUGCAAUGGCGGGAGGGUCGGUGGGUCCCGCCGGAGUGUCGAAGGAGAGGGCGGGGGAGUAUAAGGGGAGAGUCACUGCUUACGUCGUCGUUGCUUGCCUUGUUGCUGCUAUUGGUGGAUCACUCUUUGGCUAUGAUAUUGGAAUUUCAGGGGGAGUUACAUCGAUGGAUGGAUUCCUCAAGAAAUUCUUCCCCGCUGUGUACAAAAACAAACAGCACGCUCAUGAAAACAAUUACUGCAAGUACAACAAUCAAGGCCUCGCAGCAUUCACAUCAUCUCUCUAUCUCGCCGGUCUCCUCUCAUCCCUUGUCGCAUCUCCCAUCACCCGCAAAUACGGCCGUCGCGGCAGUAUCAUCUGCGGCGGCGUAAGCUUCAUGAUCGGAGCAGCUCUCGAUGCUUCUGCCGUCAAUCUAGUCAUGCUCAUUUUAGGCCGGAUCAUGCUCGGUGUCGGCAUCGGAUUCGGAAAUCAGGCUGUGCCGCUCUACUUAUCGGAAAUGGCACCGACUCAUCUGAGAGGCGGCCUGAACAUGAUGUUCCAGCUGGCGACGACGCUCGGGAUAUUCACCGCGAACAUGAUCAACUACGGGACGCAGAAGCUCCAGCCGUGGGGGUGGCGUCUGUCGUUGGGGCUGGCGGCGGCGCCGGCCAUUCUGAUGACGAUCGGAGGGGUACUGCUGCCGGAGACGCCCAACAGCUUAAUCGAAAGAGGAUUAGAGAAGAAGGGGAGAAAAGUGUUGGAGAAAAUCAGAGGCACGAGCGAUGUGCAGGCGGAGUUGCAGGAUAUAAUGGAUGCUAGCGAGCUAGCAAACUCGAUCGAGCAUCCUUUCAGGAACAUUCUAGAAAGAAGGAACCGCCCGCAGCUGGUGAUGGCGAUCUUCAUGCCGACUUUCCAGAUACUCACGGGGAUAAACUCGAUUCUCUUCUACGCGCCGGUGCUGUUCCAGACCAUGGGAUUCGAAGGGAACGCGUCGCUCUACUCGUCAGCCGUGACCGGAGCUGUGCUAGCUUCGUCUACCUUCAUUUCCAUCGCGACGGUCGACAAAUGGGGGCGGAGAGCGCUGCUGAUCAGCGGAGGAGUGCAGAUGAUCGCGUGCCAGGUGAUCGUGGCGAUCAUACUCGGCCUGAAAUUCGGCGGCGAUAAGGAGCUGUCGAAGUCGUAUUCGGUGCUGGUUGUGGUGGUGGUGUGCUUGUUCGUGAUGGCGUUCGGGUGGUCGUGGGGCCCGCUGGGGUGGACGGUGCCGAGCGAGAUCUUCCCGCUGGAGACGCGGUCGGCGGGGCAGAGCAUCACGGUGGCCGUCAACCUCUUCUUCACGUUUGUGAUCGGGCAAUCGUUUCUCUCCAUGCUCUGCGCCUUCAAGUUCGGGAUCUUCCUCUUCUUCGCCGGCUGGAUCGCGGUGAUGACCGUUUUCGUCUACCUUUUCCUGCCGGAGACCAAGGGCGUUCCCAUUGAAGAAAUGAUUUUCGUGUGGAAGAAGCACUGGUUCUGGAAGAGGAUUGUGAUGUAAUAUGUUACUGGAUGAAUGAUUUUCGUGUGGAAGAAGCACUGGUUCUAGAAGAGGAUUGUGAGUAAUAUGUUACUGGAUGGCUCUUAAAAAUGGAUAAUAACAAUAUGAUUAUAAUUGAGUGAAAA